CCCCACAUUCCCAGUUCAUUGCAAAUUAAAUAUACCACCUCCUAGCUCACUUCAACCGUCGAGAAAGUACUACUUUUCCCUGUAGCACCCAAGUCAAGAUUCUUUUUCAAAGAUGAACCCCGACUGUUUUCACUUUAAAUUCGCGUCCCAGUUUAGUCCUUGACGGGUUAUUCUGGGCGCUGUCUACACUUUGAAGUUUCAGAGCAACUGUGCUUUUUCUUACGGCCGCCAGGCAACUUCAUGCAGACAGCGCCGUUCGAUGGGACACGCCUCCCCCUGCAGAGACUUCGCCCUCAACUCGGCUGUAGGAUUUCGUUUUAAUGUUUUGGUUUGUUUAAAAUAUAGUUGCGCUUUAUUUUACUGCCGUCCAGUCCUCGUGUGCACUUAACGGAUUUAUGUAACUGACCGUCAUGGGAAGAGAGGAAAGCCUUGUUCGGAUUGCAAAAAAGUUGGAUAAAAUGGUAUCCAGGAGAAACAUGGACGGUGCUCUGGACCUGCUCCAGGAACUAGAAGGAAUGAAGAUGACCCUGAAGCUGCUGCAGACCACAAGAAUCGGCAUGUCUGUAAACUCGAUUCGUAAGCACUGCACAGAUGAGCAAGUUAUCACACUUGCUAAAAUCCUCAUCAAAAAAUGGAAGAAACUUCUCGCUACAGAAAUUUCAGUUGACCAUAAGGUGCAGAAACCUUCAGGAAAAGAGGAUGUGACGGACAAGUCAUCAGCAAUGGUGGUAGAAACCCUAAAACAUUCAAAGAAGAAAAGCAAGGACUGGAGAGACUCAAUCAGUUCCACGUCUUCAACGGAAGGUACUCCCUCAUCCAGGAAGAGUUCCACUGACAGAAAGCAGGACCCAUACAGGAGAGAUUCCUCAAGUUCUAUGUCACCAGUAGCCCUCUCACCAGCGUCAAGAAAGACCUCCACAGAUAAGGAGGAGAGUGGUGGUGUCAGUAAAGGAAAGAUGGAAUCGCCUUCUUCCCCCAUCAGCCCUACCUUCUCCUCAGCAACUAUUCUCCCUCCUUUCCUGUCGACUGGCGAGACCAUCCGUGACAAAUGCAUAGAGAUGCUGAUAGCAGCUCUGAAGACUGACGAUGAUUACAAGGACUAUGGUGCCAACUGUGACAAAAUGGGUGCAGAAAUUGAAGAUUAUAUCUAUCAGGAGUUUCAGAAAACUGACAUGAAGUACAAAAACCGGGUCCGAAGCAGAAUAAGUAACCUGAAAGACCCAAAGAACCCUAACUUGAGAAAGAACGUACUCUCUGGUGCGAUAGACCUCCUGCACCUGGCAAGGAUGACUGCAGAGGAGAUGGCCAGCGAUGAGUUGAAGGAGCUACGGAAUGUGAUAACUAUGGAAGCUAUUAGGGAGCAUCAGAUGGCCAAAACAGGCGGUACUGUUUCUAGUCUCUUCCAAUGUGGUAGAUGCAAGAAGAAAAACUGUACCUACAAUCAGGUUCAAACCCGAAGUGCCGAUGAACCGAUGACAACAUUCGUUCUGUGUAAUGAAUGUGGAAACCGCUGGAAGUUCUGCUGAUUGACUGGACAUUAUUGAAACAUUCUUCACCACAAUUUAAACUUCAUCUUUUUCGGAGGAGAAGAAAAUAUAUUCAAGCCAAGUCAGAAAUUCUUAUGGUGCUUAAUGUUUUCAAGUGAUGCAGGAGCAAAUUUGGCUCUUAAUCAAAAAUGUACUGAGAACUGAACAAAGUCUGCAGCUUCAGCAUACUGCAUGCUUUCUGCUGUGUAAUGAGGUAUAGAUCUGAGGAAAAGAAAUUGAAAUUAGAGGGAAUACUCAACAGAUCAGGCAGCAUUUGUGGAAAGAGAAGCAAUUGUCUCUUCAGACAGGAAACAUUAGCAUUAUACUUCAGGCCUGAAAUAUUCACUACAGUGCUGACUGAACAGUUUUUUUUUCAUUUUGAGCAUUUUUGCCUUUGUUUCAAAUCUCCAGCAAAUGCAGAUUUUAUUAUCAAUUUGGAUUUCACAACCGUCUGAACAUUAAAUUAUUUGCAAAAUUGUACAGAGACAAAUUUUGUGGCAUUUUCAACAUUAAAAAGCAUUGUAUGGUUUUGCUUAUAUUGCACGAAUAUUAAGCUGGUCUUUGAAGAUCAAUUUUAUUAGGGGGUCCCAAAGUUUUAAAUGAGAAACAUCUUAUUUUUCACAGGCAUUUUAUGUUUGCAGAAUGCAAAAUAUAUGAGAUUCAAUUGAAAUGCAUUUGUUUUAAAAAAUCCAAGUCUCUUUGGAAUAACUAAUAAUAAGGAAUCAAUUACAUCCUCACAGGGGAGUACUGCAUGAGUUAUAAACCAAAUCUGAAAGGACUUUUUUUUGUAUAUCACUGUUCAUUUGUGUUCAUUUUUAAAGAAGUCGCUACCUUACCUUCCAAAUAUACUCUCACUCUCAAACUUCUCCACCUUUGAACUGUUAGUUUCAGUUGGCCAGUUGUUUCAUGAGCUGUGGACAGCCUCCAUUAUCUUCUUGGAGUAAUUGGUCUUCAGAGGUGAAAAGAGAGCAGCAGAUCUCCAUUAUCAGCAUCCGAAUCAGGUUUAAUAUCACUGGAAUAUGAAAUGAAAUUUGUUGUCUUUGCGACAGCAGUACAAUGCAAAACAUAAUAAUAUAACAAAACUGUGAAUUAGAGUAGAUGUAUAUAUAUAUCAAAUAGUUAAAUAAGUAGUGCAAAAAUAAAAAUUAAAGAACUAGUGAGGUAUGGGUUCAGUAUGCAUUCAGAAAUCAGAUGGCAGAAGGGAAAAAUCUGUUCUAGAAUCGGUGAGUGUGUGCCUUCACGCUUCUGUACCUCCUUCCUGAUGGUAGCAAUGAGAAGAGUGUACUGGGUGAUGAGGGUCCUUAAUGAUGGACGCCGCCUUUCUGAGGCAUUGCUCCAUCAGGUGUCCUGGACACUAUGGAAUCUAGUGCCCAUGAUGGAUCUGACUAAGUUUACAACUUUGCAGCUUAUUUCAAUCCUCUGCCAUAGCCACCCAUUCCCCCAAAUAUACCAGACGGUGAUGCAACCGGUUAGAAUGUUCUCCUCAGUACAUCUGCUGGUGUCUUUGGUGACAUUACAAAUCUCCGCAAACUCCUAAUGCAAUAUAGUCACUGUUGUGGCUUCUUUGUAGUUGUGUCGAUAUGUUGGGUCCAGGUUAGAUCCUCAGAUAUAUUAACACCCAGGAACUUGAACUUGCUCACUCUCUCCACUUCUGAUCCCUCCAUGAGAACUGCUGUGCGUUCCCUCGUCUUACCCUUUCUGAAGUCCACGAUCAGUUCUUUGGUCUUGCUGACGUUGAGACCUUAUUAUCUCCUGUCACCAUUAUCUUUACAGAGAGCGUCAGGUCUCCAUCAUCUUACAGGAGCAAAAAGUGUUCACAGGUGAAUUCCAAUAAAGUCAUAAAGGUGUCACUCAUGAGGCUAGUUCUUGUUUGACAGUCAUAUAAUUAAAGUUAGUGGGAAGGAAGUUAUAUAUCUGGUUGGAUGGGAUCCUGAAGGGUUUCAUUGUAUUUUCACUUCAGCCAGUGCUUGUCAGACUGAUCAGAUACCCUGUGGUGAUUAUUUUUCCCUUAGGUAAUCCGACACUGAAGAGUUCUUUAUUGUUCAGCUGAAUGCUUUUGUUGCUUAACCACCAUUCUCUCCAAUCCCAUGAAAUUCCCUGUACUUCCAUUGCUAAUAAAACUCUUCAAAGAAAGUUACAAAUGCACCCUCAGUUUUGUACUUCUCUGACUUUUUUUCCCCUCUCUUGCAAACAUUGCUCAAAGACACUUCCUUAUAGUUGUAACACAUACCAAAUGCUGGAGGAACUCUGCAGGUCAGGCAGCAUCUACAGAAAGGGAUAAAGAGUCAAUGCUUUGGGCUGACACCUUUCAACAGUCCUAAUUCCAUUCCAUAGGUGCUGCCUGACCUGCUGAGUUCCUCCAGCGUUUUUGUAUGUUGUGGAUUUCCAGCAUCUGCAGAUUCUCAUGUGCUUAUCCUCAUGGUUGUGUUUGACUUCUCGACAAUCCCUGAGAUUAGGCAAUUAACGGUGUAAGAAGACAUUGAAAUACUUUAGAUAUUUGAUAGGAAGUUUUUGUUUUGUUGUCUGAAAACUACUUGCAGGCAAUGUUGCUGAGUUGGCAAAAGACUGAAUCUUUGAUUUGUUUUCAAAUUGUAUAUUUUUCCCCCUUCAGGCCAGCUUCAGAUGUUUGUAUUCAGAAAAUUAAAGUGAUUGUACAUGUUUUAGAAAUGUGAGUGUCAACAAAUUAAAUAAACCAGCUUAAAUCCUUUUCAUUUUCUUUUAAGGUCGUGUUUUCCUUCUGGAUAUUUUAACAUUUGGUGCAUGUUUGUCUAAAUGGCUGGAUAGCACAGUGGCGCAGUUACCCUAGGUCUUGUGACUUGGCUACUGUCUAUAUGGAGUUGGCAUGUUU